GGAUGAUGGGAGAUGGAGAAAGAAGGGAGGGAGGGUAGAAACAGGAUGAAUGGAGAAGAAGAGCGUUGAAUGAGGGAGACGGUUAAGACAAGGAGAAAGAAUGAACACACACGCACACACACACACAGAGGUGACUGUGACGUCAAACCGGAGCCCAGCUGACUCGCUCGCUCCGCCGUGCCUCUCGCUGACCAGCCUCGCGCUCUCUGCACAGCUAGUACUCCACGCGGCUGCUGCUGCUGCACGCCCCUUUAAACACAGAAGAAGAAGAAGAAGAAAGGGGGCGAAAACAGGAGAACUCACGCGAAGAGACGGCUCACCAGAGGAGGAGGAGGAACUGGAGGAGGAGGAGGAGGAGGAAGGAGGCGCAGCACGGGGACAUAUAGGAUAUUUGUCUUAUUAUUUAUUUUUUUGGGCACUUUACAUGGAGACGAGCCGCUCUGCCUGGCGCGGUCUCCUCAAAGAGAUAACCGAGUAGGAUUGUUUGUUUGUCUUGGCACCGCUCCCCGACGCCCUCCUCCCUCUCUCCCUCCUUCCCUCCCUCCCUCACUCCCCAACCUCGGCCAGGUGUUGCAUCUAAGCGCGAGCCCUCGUGUUGAUGGAGAGGCGCGAGAAGGAGGGUUGAGGAGCUCGCGUACUCGACUCUGAUCCUGUCUGCGGAGCCUCGCGAGCAAAAAACAAGUUGACAAUAUUGAUUUUAUUUUUAAAGAAAGAUUCUGAUUACGGAUUUUGUUUUGCCUUCUCUGCCGCUGCGGAUUUUUACCGGAUUUGUCUUUUUUGUGGCAUCUUUUAUGAACGUUACAGAAAAACGGGAAUUAACGUGAGAUUUUGUGGGUUUAUGGUACUAUUUGGAAAAAAUGGCAAAGUAAACGGAUACAGGUGUGCCAACGACGCACGAGCCAUUUUUUUUUUUUUUUUUGGGGGGGGGGGGGUUUAAAUUAAUAAUCACAUUUCUAGCCGUCUGGUCUGCUCCCUGACACCGCUUACACCCGAACUUCCGCCUUGUUUUUUUCACGGAUCCCGGUUUUCCGUGACAGCCGUGGCACCCUUAUGGUGUGGACGGUUGGCGCACGGUGGUUCGAGGUGCCGCUUGGACACGCCGCCCGGUGUUUCUUUUAGCCCUCAGCACGGAGACACGGUGCAUGGUGAUGAUGGUACGCGGAUAAUCCCGGAGAUGCUUUUCCACUCGAGUCGGAUUCAUGGGCUGUUUCUUCAGUGGGAUCGUUUGCGUGACAAUGACCUCCAACUGCGCUUUACCCCGUGCCGUGCUCGCCGCGCCCCCGGUUCGAUGCGCACGACAGGACGUCGUCGUCUCCCCAAAAUCGCUGAGCUAACUAACUCACAACCGGGAAAGGGAGGGAUAAUAUCAAACCAAAACAACCGAUAGGAGAAGAAGACAAUAACAACAGCAGCUGCAGCAACAAGCGGCGGCAGUGAUGGAGCUGUCCGAGGUCCGGUGCUCCAGCGCCAGCGAGGAGCUGUACACAAUCAACAAGACUCCGAGCAGCAGCAACAACAGCAACAGCAGUGGCAGCGGCAGCGCGCGACCCAAACGGCUGCUGUGGCAGAACGCGGUGCGGCACAUCACCGAGCAGCGGUUCAUACACGAGCAGGGUGGGGGAGGCGGAGGAGGGGUGAAGGGCAUCGGGCCGGACGAGCCCUACGACCCGAGCCAGGGUCCGCGGAAGCAGUCGGCGGGGCGGACGUCAGUGGGAGACCGGCACAACAACGGCGGGACCAAAGUGUUCCCGGAGCGCGCCAGCAGCGACCUGGGAUUCCUGCAGAUCGACUGCGCGCCGAGCAACUCCGACUUCUUCCUGAACUGGGGCUACACGUACCGGGGUGUCAUCUUCCCCACGCUGCGGAACGCCUUCAAGUCCCGCGACCUGGAGCGGCUGUACCAGCGCUACUUUCUGGGCCAGAGGCGCAAGUCCGUGGUUGUGAUGAACAUCCUGGAUGUGGUGACCAAGCUCACCCUGCUGGUGCUGCACCUUACCCUGGCCUCCUCCCCGAUGGACCCCAUCAAAGGGACGCUCCUGGGCUUCUUCACGGGCAUCGAAGUAGUAAUUUGUGCCUUAGUGGUGGUGCGGAAGGACACCACGUCGCACGGCUACCUGCAGUACAGCGGCGUGGUCACGUGGGUGGCUAUGGCCACGCAGAUCCUGGCGGCCGGUCUGGGCUACGGGCUGCUCGGUGACGGGGUGGGAUACGUGCUGUUCACCCUGUUCGCCACCUACAGCAUGCUACCGCUGCCGCUCACCUGGGCCAUUCUUGCCGGUCUGUUCACCUCGGGGCUCCACAUCCUGGUCCAGCUGCUCAUCUCCCACAAUGCACAGCUGUCUACCAACCAGGUAGCGGCUCAGGCUGUGUUGUUCCUGUGUAUGAACACCGCUGGGAUAUUCAUCAGUUACCUGUCGGACCGGGCUCAGCGCCAGGCCUUCCUGGAGACGCGGCGCUGCAUCGAGGCUCGACUGCGACUCGAGACAGAGAACCAGAGACAGGAGAGACUGGUGUUAUCAGUCCUGCCACGUUUUGUAGUUUUGGAAAUGAUCAACGACAUGACAAAUGUAGAGGAUGAACACCUCCAGCAUCAGUUUCACAGAAUCUACAUCCACCGCUACGAGAAUGUCAGCAUUCUUUUCGCAGAUGUUAAAGGCUUCACAAACCUCUCCACGACGCUGUCCGCGCAGGAGCUGGUGCGAAUGUUGAAUGAACUCUUUGCACGCUUCGACCGCCUCGCACACGAGCACCACUGUCUACGAAUAAAGAUCCUGGGGGACUGUUACUACUGUGUGUCUGGUCUUCCUGAGCCCAGACAGGACCACGCCCACUGCUGUGUGGAGAUGGGCCUCAGCAUGAUCAAAACCAUCAGAUACGUCAGAUCGCGUACGAAACACGACAUCGACAUGCGCAUCGGGAUCCACUCGGGCUCGGUGCUCUGCGGCGUGCUGGGACUCAGGAAGUGGCAGUUUGACGUCUGGUCCUGGGACGUGGACAUCGCCAACAAGCUGGAGUCUGGAGGGAUCCCAGGGCGGAUCCACAUCUCCAAAGCCGCUCUGGACUGUUUAAACGGAGACUACGAGGUGGAGGAGGGCCACGGGAAGGACCGCAACGACUUCCUCCGCCGCCACAACAUCGAGACGUACCUCAUCAAGCAGCCGGAGGAGAGUCUGCUCACGCUGCCCGAGGACAUCAUGAAGGAGGCGGCCAGCUCGGCCGACCGCCGCGCCAGCAGCGCCACCUUCAACGAGGCGUCUUGGAGCCCCGAGCUUCCCUUCGACAACAUCGUGGGGAAACAGAACACUCUGGCUGCCCUAACGAGAAAUUCGAUAAAUCUGCUUCCAAACCAUCUCGCACAAGCUUUGCAUGUCCACUCUGGUCCUGAGGAAAUUAACAAGCGAAUAGAGAGCGCCAUCGACUUACGGAGUGGCGAUAAGUUGAGAAGAGAGCAUAUCAAGCCUUUCUCACUGAUGUUUAAAGACUCCAGCCUGGAAGAGAAGUACUCCCAGAUGAGGGACGAGGUGUUCAAGUCCAACCUGGUGUGCGCCUUCAUCGUGCUCAUCUUCAUCACAACCAUCCAAAGCCUGCUUCCCUCUGCCAGGAUGGUUACCAUGGUGAUCCAGUUCUCCGUCCUCAUCGUCCUCCACUCCUGCCUGGUCCUAGUUACUACAGCGGAGGACUACAAGUGUCUGCCUCUGGUCCUGCGAAAAGCCUGCUGCUGGAUCAACGAGACCUACGCUGCACGGAACGUCAUCAUCUUCGUCUCAAUCCUCAUCAACUUUCUGGCGGCCAUGAUCAAUAUACUGUGGUGCGACUUUGACAAGUCCAGCACCUUCAGGAACCAGACGUACAACGAGUCAGCCUCCAUCCCAGACAUCUGCUUCUACCCAGAGUACUUUGUGUUUACGGGGGUCCUGGCGAUGGUGACGUGCGCGGUUUUCCUGCGGCUGAACUCGGUGUUGAAGUUGGCGGUGCUGCUGGUGAUGAUCGCCAUCUACUCGCUGCUGACCGAGGCUUUCUACACCUCGCUGUUUGUCCGUUACGACACCGUCCACCACAACACAGAAAACUUCCUGGGAACUAAAGAGACGUCGUUGCUCCUGAUGGCCAUGUUCCUCCUCGCAGUGUUUUACCACGGCCAGCAGUUGGAGUACACAGCCCGACUGGACUUCCUGUGGCGCGUACAGGCCAAAGAGGAGAUCAACGAGAUGAAGGAGCUGAGAGAACACAACGAGAACAUGCUGAGGAACAUCCUGCCCAGCCAUGUGGCCCGCCACUUCCUGGAGAAGGACCGGGACAACGAGGAGCUGUACUCACAGUCCUACGACGCCGUGGGCGUGAUGUUCGCCUCCAUCCCGGGCUUCGCCGACUUCUACUCCCAGACCGAGAUGAACAACCAGGGAGUCGAGUGCCUGAGGCUCCUGAACGAAAUUAUUGCCGACUUUGACGAGCUGCUGGGUGAGGAACGGUUUCAGGACAUCGAGAAGAUCAAGACGAUCGGCAGCACCUACAUGGCCGUGUCCGGUCUGUCACCUGAGAAACAGCAAUGUGAAGAUAAAUGGGGUCACCUGUGCGCGCUGGCCGACUUUGCCAUCGCCCUCAACGAGAGCAUCCAGGAGAUCAACAAACACUCCUUCAACAACUUUGAGCUGAGGAUCGGUAUGGCUCACGGCUCGGUGGUGGCGGGUGUGAUCGGUGCCAAGAAGCCGCAGUACGACAUAUGGGGGAAGACGGUGAACCUGGCGAGCCGGAUGGACAGCACGGGCGUGAGCGGCAAGAUCCAGGUGCCCGAGGAGACCUACCUGAUCCUGAAGGAGCGCGGCUUUGCCUUCGAGUACCGCGGCGAGAUCUACGUGAAGGGCAUCAGCGAGCAGGAGGGCAAGAUCCGAACGCACUUCUUGCUCGGCCGGGUGCAGCCCAACCCGCUCAUCCUGCAGCCGCGCAAAAUCACCGGCCAGUACUCGCUGGCGGCCGUGGUGCUCGGCCUGGUGCAGUCUCUCAACCGGCAGAAGCAAAAGCAGAUCCUCAACGAGAACAACAACUCGGGCAUCAUGAAGGGCCACCACCACUACAACCGGAGGACGUUGUUAGCGCCCGGUGGCUCCGAGGUGGGAGGGGGGCAUCACGUCGAAGCCGCUGAUAAGACUGAGCUGUCCUGAAGAGCAGACUGGAGUUUAAGUUCCACGCAGAUUUGUCAGAGGCAGAGACGCUCUUCAGGCAAAAAUAAUCCCAGUGGUUGAGUUAGACCUCAGAGGGUGCAGCUAAAGAACAGUGGUCAUGUGAGGAUACAGUAACAGUAGAAAGUUCUUCAGGAGUCAUAACAACCCAAAAUGUAACCUGGUUCCAGAUCUCUGACUCGCUGCAGAUUCACCAACUGUUGUGCUGUAUUCUCAGUUGGAAAAGCAACUGACCAAUCAGAGCUUUGCAGCUAAGAUCAGUAAUUGGGACAUCAACUUUCUGUACCAGAACCUGAAAGAGUCUGGAUGAGGUUAAAGGAGUUUGUGUCGACUCACAGUGGCACCAAUGCGAUGAAUACGUUCAACACUACUUGUUGGCGCACGAUGGAAUCCGUUACUAGUUUCAACAAAUCUCUUUAAACUCUAAUUAUGGCUUGUGUAUAUCUGGAGUAUCUUGCUCAUACAUGGGUUGUGAGUAUCGCUUAGAACGUCAGGAAAUGAUCUCAUGUUGCAAAUUGGAAAUUUGGUGAAUCAACCCCUGAGUGUUAAACAAGCAGAUUGGUUGUUUUAAUUCCUGUCAUGAGGUGAGCACAAGAACCCAGCCUGAAAACUUUAUCUGCAAACCAGAGAAGUAUGUUCCAGCUUUAAAGGUACCCUGUGGAGUUUUUGUCCACUAGCAGCAUUAUGGAGGAAUGUUUUCACAUGUGGGUUCCCGUUUUGUUUGGUCUGGUGAUACACAUUUCUGCCAAGCGUUUCACACUAUUCCACUGACCUUCAGGUGGCGGUAACACACCAGAAAACUCAGCGAUGCACCAGCAAAGGCAGGGAAAAGGAAGACUGCCCGUUAUAAUAUCCAUGGAUGUAAAGAAUGCAGGUGUCAGACUUAAGAAAAAUUGGUUUUAUGAGAAAGGAAAUGCACACAGCAAGUUCAUUAGACCUCAAGGAUACACACAAUGAAUGUAAACAGAAACUGUGUUUACAAGAAAACUCCACAGGGCCCCUUUAAGUGAAGGUGGGAUAUCUGGGGGAAAAAAAAACAUGCUACAUACUUAUUUUAGACGGGUUGGACGCUACUACCUGAACAUUAUGAGGUUAAUCAGUGGGUUAGCUUCGCUGAGCUAACAAGUUCAAAUGCGAGCUUUCUAGGUAAGCUAGUAAAUUAGCCUGCUGACCUUUCAACAUCAUGAAUAUCAGGUAAGAAUGAAUGACUUGACUUGCAAAAAUUGCUUUGAAAAAAAGUUCCCUUGGCUCCUCCCACUGAUGUUUAACUCAGCCAAUGAGAUUACUUCUGCCUCGUGAAUCAGCUCCGCUUCCGAUGAAUGUUUGUAGAGCUGAAACUCCACUUUGUUCCUGAAG